UCGCAGCGAGCAAUCGGCGACAUCCUCCCGGCCGCGCCGUCGCGCCGUCGUGCCCCCGUGCCGGCACACUGCCCUUUGCGCUCCUUCUCGUACGACUGCUCUCCUCCCCACAACGAAGCUGCCCCUGUGCAAGACAUCAGAUUGGGAACACGCAGGUAUUCCCCAAAUUCCUAGUUAGCCAUUUGAUAAUUUAUAGCCUAAUUAUUCACUCGAUUGUUCGUUACAUCUUAUACAAAUUGCAAUGUUGGUAGCCACGGGCAAGACCACUCACACUCAGAGAAGAAUUGAUUUGAUUACAAUUGCUUCAGUAGAUAGCCCAAUUGUUCGACUCAAUUGACUGCUUAAUUGUUCUUUACAUUUUACAGUUUGCAGCAUAGGUUUCACAUUCAGAAUUUCAAAAAAGUUGUGCUCUUGUUUAGUCUGGCCGGCCCAGUUUUUUCUGAUCAGCUUCGCCACUGUAAUCAGGGAUGGAUAUAAGUGGUUAAGGAAAGAAAGGGAAGUAAUAUCCGGUGAUUCUCGAGAAAGAGACGUGCGCCACGGCCGUAUCAAGAUCAAGCACCCAUCGUCCUCUCAUCUUUUCUCUAUCUCUUUGGGGCCAUGGCAAAAAACUCCACCGCUGUCGUUAACCAUGAUCACAGGAGCCUAUCGGAGACCUCGUCCAGAUGCUUCACGGAGAGCUUGACCGCCACCCACAAUUUCGAGGUAGCCAGUAACCCGCUGCUCGCCGGCAUGGGCGUUGGAAAAUACAUCAGCUCAUGCAUCUUCAGCGUUGGUGGCCACGAUUGGACUAUCAGGUUCUACCCAGAUGGCAAUAAUGCAGAGUGUGCCGGUAAUGCUUCAGCCUUUUUGUAUUGUACCAGCCAACCGAAAGGCGUCAGGACCAAGUUCACCUUGAACAUGUUGGAAAAGGAGGGCAAGGUCCUAGUAACAAGCUUCGGCUCGUUGGAGCAUACCUUCUCUUCGUCAAUUGAUGAUUUUGGCUUUUCUAAAUUCGUCGAGAAAUCAAGGCUGCUGAAAUCAUCGUCGGAUGCCACAGGUGGUUACUUCACUAUACGGUGUGUUCUUACCGUGAUAAAAGAACCACGAACGGAACUCAAGAGGAACCUUUUCGUGGUUCCGCGGCCAAAUCUGCAAGACCAUCUCCAGCAGAUGUGGAAGGAUGGGCAAGGAGCAGAUGUGAAAUUCAGUGUAUCUGGGCAGUUGUUCAGCGCCCACAGAUACUUGUUAGCUGCACGAUCUCCGGUCUUCAAGGCGGAGCUCUUUGGUCCAACGACUGAGAAGGCAACAGAAAGCAUCACGAUUGACGACAUCGAGCCACCAAUCUUCGAGGCGCUUCUUCACUUUAUAUACACGGAUUCUAUACUAGAUGAUUGGGACAGCAAAGAAGGUAAAACUACAAACAUGCAGCACUUGUUGGUUGCGGCAGAUCGAUACGGGUUGGAGAGGCUAAGAGUUAUCUGCGAAGGAAGGCUGCGUGACAGCAUCGACCUGGAAACGGUGGCAACCACGUUGGUUCUGGCGGAGCAGCACCACUGUAGAGAUCUCAAAGAAGCAUGCAUUGGGUUCAUGACCUCACAAAACAGGCUAGGAGAUAUCAUGGCAACGGAUGGAUUUAAGCAUCUGAUGGCAAGCUGCCCUUUGCUCAUGAAGGAUAUUUUAGAUAAGGUGUCCUGUGUCUUGAGUGGCUAGUCUCGUUUGUCUAGAAAUUAAAUGAUCAUGUGACCAGUAUUUAGUACUUAGUCUGUGUAGCGUUGAUUAUACAAAAUUUGAGAUUUCAGUCAUUGUGUUCGUUCAUCUACAUUUCAACUUCAAAAUAUACGUUUUACAUUGGUAUAGUGACAUGUUAU